GAAGCAACCUCCAGGGUGCUUGCCGAACGCAUGUCUUGGCGUCAACCGCGACACCUCACCAUCCCGGCCUCAGCUCUCCCACCAACUUCUGCAAUUAUUGUGUCGUCUUUCUUGCCAUCUCCAGAAAUGCUGACACAGCUGAAGAUCAAUGUCGAAAUCGAUUGAGCUCGGGCGCGCAGUACUCAGCUCGCCUGCCACUAAUCACGAGCUGUGGCUCACAACAUUGAUCACCGUCUCAUCAACAGAGGACGCAACUUACCUACAGCAACUCACUUCACUCCAGUGCCUCGAUUUGUUGAUGUCCGGAAAUACUUGGGUCAAACGCGGGCAACAUAUGCACAUUGAAAUAAGACUCAACUUACGCGAGGACUCAUUACCUGACAAGCAACUGCAAGACCUCGCGGAUGCUGUCCUUCAUGCACCAGUUUGGGAUCAGCUGAUGUUGAAGCCAACCCAAAGAACAGAUACCGCUGUGGAUCCAGGGACGAUACGCUUGGAUGUCAACCACGCAUCCGUCAUGGGGAUGCAGGGAAAGAAGGAGCGUCACAGACUCUUCUUAGAUGUACCGGCAGCAGAUGUUCGACCGCCCGAGGGUAUUGCAGAGAUUUCACUCCACACGGUACGCCUCUGCAUGGACAUCCUCGAGACAAGCCCGCGCCGGAGGUCCACAACGAAGCGAUCGAAUUCACCUCGAAGCGAGCGAAGAGCAUCAGCUUUAGACGAAGAAGACUCUGAUACGCUUUUGCAUGAGAUGGCUUCCGAGGACUUACUGCAUGAUAUUGACACCGACCGCAGCCAAACCGCUGUGAGGGCACUUGCAUGUCGGAAACGAAAACGAUCAGCUACAGAGACCAUGGUGUCGACUCAGUCACACUCACCCGACAAGGCCAAAAAAUUGAAGCGACCACGCAAACGCCUGAUCGUUGAUUCCUCUAUGCAGCGCAAGUCACGUCCAGAUUUCACAUCAUCAGACCGGAUAAACGUCGCGAGCAUGGUUGAUGGGGCGAUGCGUCUGUCGAUUUGUGGCACAUUGAACAGGAAAUUAGUCGGAUGGAAGGCUAAAGCAAGCACUUUCCGUCUAGGCUUAGCAGACGUAGCUCCUGCGAUAUGGAGAACCGGGUAUUUGGUCGCUAUGUCUCAGCGAGCUUGUCUGAUCCCUACUAUUGCUCGUUCGCUUUCUCGAAUCGAUAGCGUAAACUCCAUGUCCAUCUCGCUUAGAGAUAAGAUGAAAAGACUGAGUCCGAUGGCGCAAGAAACCUCGUCAAGUCUCCCAAGCGACAAAUGGCCAAUCGUUGGAUGUGACGCUGCUGAGAACAACUUAGCCAUCGCAAGGCGUUUAUGGGUGAUAUCCCAGAGAAGCCUUCUGGACAAACCCGUGGUUUCAAUUCAGGCAUGUAUUAAUUCUUCUCAUCCGGACCAUCCGGUUUCGGACGAUAUGUUGGCAGAAGAGGAGCCACUCUGGCACUAUUCCCGACACACUACACCAGUCCAGGAUAAUCGUCCGCGUGAAUUGUGCAACGAUGUAUCACCACCGGCCGGAUAUGCUCAAAUGAACCAACAGCACGGGAGAUCUAUCGGCAGUCCCCAUCUGGAUAUCGAUGUUCGAGAAAGCGAGGAUGACCUACUCCUUGACUCAUAUCCUCAGAAUACCAUGGCAAAUACAUCCUGCUCCGCGGAUAGGCACUUUCAGACGCCUGAUAGUUUGGAUGACGAUCUCUUUUAACACUUCAUGUCUUCAACCAG